CAAAUGGUGAUGCUGUAGACACCACUCCAUCAAUACAUUCACAACAUUGGGUUAGACAGUAGUGUUGCAACAAAGCCUGCUUUCGGCUGCAAGAACUCAAUCUAUUAGUCUAUAAUGUGAUGCCAUUUACUAAAUUCAGUUUAUAUUCACUUGUAAUCAACUAAAUAGAUAUAUUAUCAGUAAUUUUUAUACACAUUAUUGGCAACUAUGCUCUCAGUUCCGACCGAAGCGAGUGCUUUCUUAGGGAUGGUAGCGAUUUGUAUGACCUGUUUGUUUAUAUUUUAUUUAUAUUUAACGAAGAAGUUCUGCUUUAAUACGAUCGGAGGCUUUCCCUGUUGUGAUAAACCACUUAAUAUAUCAAAGGAUAAAGCCUCCAAAGAUUUGGUUGACGCGUUUUCAUACGACGAUGAACUCGACUCCUCCACUGAUAGUGAAGACGAGUUACUGCAGAGACUGAAACGAUCGGCCAGUAAUCAAAUGAGUAUCGCUCGGCAGUCGAGUCUCUCAAAAAAGGAAAUCCCAAACAAUAGAUCGAAACAUAAUCUGAAAAACAGACACAAAAUCAUUGAAACCAUAGACGAGACACAAAGAGCUGACUAUCAAAACAAACCAUUGAUUCCGAGAGAAUACAAGACUGAAUCGUCGAGAUCUGAUAAGAGAUGCAGUACUGGCAGCACUUCCAGAGAUUUAAUAUCAUUGGCAGAGAAGGGUAGGAUUGGGAAGAACGGGUCGAGUGAGGGGUCGGCAUCGAGUGAAGCGGGAAGUGGUGAUAAUGAGGACGAGUUGCGACGGUCUAGAAAUUCAUACGCUCGAGACAAAGCACUGAACAAAUCAAACAAAUCCGAUACCUCGAGUCCAAUCAAAUAUCGGGAUCACAUGAAAUCACAAUUCAAUACAGCCUUCGAAAAAUGCGAAUCAGACGCUCAGUCAUCGACAUCACAGGACUUUUCCCAACACUUCUCACAAUCAGAGUCACAUUCAAUGACGAAAUGCGGAUCUUUGGAAGUGAGCUAUGCUUACGACGCGCCCACCAAGAAGCUGAUGGUCACUGUGUUUGAGGCCAAUCACAUCCCCUGCAAAGAGCGCGGGGGAGCCAAUCAAAUACACGUCAGACUCGUUCUGCUGCCACAGAAGAGACACAAACAUAAGACUAAAAUUAAAUCGACAGGAAAUCCCAUUUUUAACGAAACAUUUACUUUCACUCGUAUUAAUCCCGAAGAAGUUAUGGGUUUAGGAAUUAGGUUUAGGGUCUAUGGAACUGCUUUCGCUCGAAGGGAACAAUUGAUUGGAGAAAGUAUUAUAAUAUUCGCGUCUUCUAAGCCUCAACAGCAAGAGACGCGACUUUGGCUAACACUAGAGCCCCGAUCCAGUCUUGCCUCAGAUUCUCGUUCAGAAGUGUCAAGUCUGGCCCGAAGUGAUAGCACCGGUUCAGCGCAAUCCAUGCAAAGUACAAGCCUUCCAGAAAUGCUUUUGGGACUGGCAUAUAAUGGGACAACGGGUAGACUUAAUGUCUCUGUUAUUAAAGGAAGUCAAUUCAGAACGAUAACAAUGGCCAGGGCUCCCGACACUUACGUCAAACUGUCACUCGUUUCGUCAAGUGGUCAGGAAAUCGCCAGAAGUAAGACUAGUGUACGAAGAGGUCAACCGAAUCCACUUUUUAAGGAGACCUUCAUAUUUCAGAUAGCAUUGUUUCAGUUGCCGGACGUGACUCUUAUGAUAUCAGUGUAUAACAAGAGAAGUAUGAAUAGAAAAGAGAUGAUCGGAUGGUUCUCAUUGGGAUUCAACAGCUCUGGCGAUGAAGAGAUGACCCAUUGGAACGACAUGAGGGACAGUAAGGGAGAGCAGGUGUGUCGGUGGCACGUACUCCUCGAAUCGUGAGUCGGCGUCCAACCGAUCCGAUGGACAGCUCUUUGCGAUUGAAUUACUGAAUGGAUUUGCACUGAAAUGUGUUUCAAAUGAAAUGCAUUGAGAACCCGCACAAUCGGUUUUACUGAUCAGCUAUUUUGCAAAUCCCUGUUCACCUCAAUCUCAAUCUAAUCUUCAAUAUUAUUAUUGGGUCCAAAACAGUGGCUGUAGAUCAAGGGUUGGUCACACGUCCACCACUUGACAACAGUAGGUAAUCAACUCCUUUCCAUCAAAAGCCUGAUUGCCAUCUAAUCCAUCGAUUGCUUACAAACUAACAAUAUAUCAUCAAACGAUCGCUUGUUUUGAUUAUUAACUAAUUAACAGUUUAUGAAUUGCAUAACAGUUAUACAUUUAGAAGUUUUAUAUUUUCAUUUCUCUCUCAAAUCAUUCAAUUCUCCGUUUCUUCAUUACUCUCAAUAUAAACAUAAAUUAGAAAUAUAUUUAAUUUUUCUUAAUCUAUUGCAAAGUCAGUACAAUAUAAAGUUAACAAAAUGACAUCAAUAUCUCUGGAAACCUUCCGUAUC